AUUAAGAGUUCAUGACCUCCAUGACUCAGCGAUUCGUAUUCUAUCUUUGCAUUUUUUUAAGAGAAUAGUUUAUGGUUUUUAAUAUCAAUCCACUGAGAAUACCCUGUGUUCCCAAAUUUUACUCUCCAAGCAAGGUUUGGCACCAUGAUUUUUAGUGUGCCUAAACAAAUUUCAGUGUUACCAUGGCGACCACAUCCGCGCAGAUCCGUAUCAUGAGCGCCAUGAGCGUGGAUGGUUACAUCUCCACCCAGGACGGGGGGGUGGCCUGGUUGGACCAGUUUAAUGAUGUGGACACCGGUUACGAUGACUUCCUCAAACAGAUCGAGACCGUGGUGAUGGGACGGACGACCUACGAACAGGUUCGUGGUUUCGACUGUCCUUGGCCUUACGCAACCAAGAAAGCCGUGAUCCUCACCACAAAAAACCUGACCGACCUCCCCACCGAACAGACCACGUGCUAUUCCGGAAACGUACGCGACCUAGCCGACAACCUACUGAAGACCACGACGACAGGUGACAUCUGGUUGGUCGGUGGGCGGAUGGUCACCCAGGCGUUUCUGGACGCGAAUCUCGUGGACGUGAUAGAACUGUAUGUGAUGCCUGUGAUGUUGUACCGGGGAAUCCGCAUGUUUGAGCCGUCAGAAAAUACACCAAGCGUUUGGACCAAUCUGAAACUGACAGAGAGUAAGACUUUCCCAAAUGGUGUGGUUAAACUUGUUUACAACAAGGCAGAAGUGUCAUAGAAUCUGUAACACUACUAGUUCACCUUUAUCCGUGGGGUAACCUAUUUAUGUUGUAUUUUAUGAGAACACUGGUAGUUUAGGAUUAUCAGUUCGAUGGAAGGUGAUUUCAAAUUGCAAUAUUUUCGAAAAAUUGCAGUUUGAGACUACCGUCCAUUCUUUUAACAUUCCUAAAUACCCUGCUUUUAAAAACAACGGAUUUAGGUUACCUCGCAGAUAAAGGUGAACCUAAGGAUUAUGUGUUUAGUGUUUUGAAAUCAAUCCUAUAUGCCUGUACAGGCCAUACCAUCUAAUUUGUUGUUCUAAUGCCAAUUAAAAUUUGUACUCAGAUUAUUCAGAAAAAAAUAUAUCAUGGAAUAAUAAGCCCCAAAAAAGGAAAGAAAAUAAUUUGCAAAAAAAAAGUCUGGAGUAAAGUGUGCCGUGUUCAAUGUAUAACAGCUAGGAUAUAAAAACCCUCUCCAGGAAUAUGUCACUGACAAAUUGGCUGUCUGAAACAUUUGUCAAUGACUGUUUCCAAAAUCAUAUCCAGUUACUUGAGGAACUACUUUUUGGCAUAUCUUAUUACCUGGAUGUCUAACCUUCAUUGACGUACCUUAUAUAAAGAAAUUAACUUUUCAGCUUGAAAAAAUACUGUACACCCUGUAUGGGCAAAAUCAUUUAAAAUACAGUUUAAUGAUUGUACAAUUAUAUUAUGUACUGGACCAGGUGUCCUUUAUGAAUAAAACAAAAUUA